UCGAUAAAGAUGAAGCAUUAGAUUAUACUAUUGAAGUUGAAGAGUUUGCUUUUGAAUAUCAUGAUUAUAAUCUACAUGCCCCUAAAUCAGAUCAAACAUCAUCAAUCAAUGUGAGAUCUAUUUUGAUCCAAAAGCUUUUACAAUUUCCAGAUGUCAUUUAUUCUGAAUUUAUGAAACUCAUAUCAACCUAUCACCUUUCUGAUUCAGCUGGAAAUGAUAUAUUGAAGUAA